GCUUCCGGUUGGCUGCACGAAAAGACGAGGAAGAGACGGAUGGGUGGGGGGUCGAGGGAGGUUAACUGUUUUUUAGGGAGACGUUUAGGAAGAAUCACACACACUCCCACUCAGCCUCAAGCCUGGCCGGUCUGCGUGGCGGACGCGUGCGUAAUGUGGAGCAGGUUUGGUUUAACGCGCGGUCCACAAUGGACAACAUGAUUAACAACAACACGUCGGGAGCCUUCGAGGAGACGGACUGAAUAAAACACAACUCAGCGCUUGAUUUAAAUACCUUUUUCUUUUUCGGUCUUCCAAUCGCUUUCUUUUUGGCCAGAACGCGGUCCGCGCCAUGACCCCGUCAGCCCCCCGCAAGGUCCGGACCUGAGACCUGAGGGGCGAUACGGGGGGAGCAACAAGUGGGGGAUCGGCGUGGAUAUUGCGCGCUGCAGCCCGGGCAAGGAGGCUCCUCCUCGGUGAUGGACGAGGAGCUGAAGGAGCAGCACCGCCGCGAGCCCCCGGAGGAGCUGGAGGAGGAGGAGGAGGAGGAGGAGGAGGAGGAGGAGGUGGAGGAGGAUGAGGAGGUGAACAUUUCGCUCCCGUCCCCGCUCGUACUGCCCCAGCAGGGGGCCCAGCACGGGGGCCACAGAACCACCAACUUCUUCAUCGACAACAUACUGCGGCCGGACUUCGGCUGCAGGAAGGACCGCGAGCCCCGAGGACAGACCCCGGGACGCGAGGACGGUAACCCGCUCAUAACACGGCCGUCGCACACGCAUCUGUGUUUGGACUCGCAUUGUAGCAGUGACAGCACCUCCUCUUCGUCCUCAUCCUCCUCCACUUCUUCGUCAUCUUCUUCCUCACCGUCCUCGAAACAGAGCGCGUCAAAGCAGCAGCAGCGCCAGGCGACCGGGGGCCAUGGGACCCCCGGGGCGAGCGCGCGCUACUCGGACAGUGCCUCGUCGGGUACGGCGAGGAGCGGCAGUAACGGUGGAGGAGGAGGAAGAGGAGGGUCUCCGCCCUCUACCGCCAAGGACUCGCAGGCGAUGCUGUGGCCCGCCUGGGUGUACUGCACACGCUACUCGGACCGGCCCUCAUCUGGGCCAAGGACACGCAAAUUGAAAAAGAAGAAAACCGACAAAAGUGACGACAAGCGGCCCCGGACUGCGUUCACCGCCGAGCAGCUGCAGCGGCUGAAGACGGAGUUCACGACCAGCCGCUACAUCACGGAGCAGCGCCGUCAGGCCCUGGCCCUGGAGCUCAGCCUCAACGAAUCACAGAUCAAGAUCUGGUUCCAGAACAAGAGGGCAAAGAUCAAGAAGGCCACGGGCUACAAGAACGGCCUGGCGCUGCAGCUGAUGGCGCAGGGGCUGUACAACCACUCGACCACCACGGUGCAGGAGGACCGGGAGGACAGCGACUAGAAGGACCACCACGGUGCAGGAGACCGGGAGGACAGCGACUAGAAGGACCACCACGGUGGACCGGGUGGACAGCGACUAGAAAGAACACCAUGGUGGAACGGGAGGACAGCGACGAGAAUAAGAGUGACGGGACGGGACGGGGGGACGGGGGGACGGGGGGUUCGAGCGUAAAGUGACGAUUUCUUUGAUAGUUUUUUUUUUUCGUGCGUUACUGCGAACGAAAAUUGCGCAUUUCUCAAUAUGGACAGUUUGAGACUGCAGGAUUGUUUGGGUUGCUAUUUAAGAAAAUGACACAAAUAUUUCUGUUAGGGAAACAGUAUAUGGACAUAAUUAUACGAAAGGGACAAAUAUUAUUACACUUUAUUUAGCCUGAUAGUCCAUGUUCUAUGUAUUUAAUUUCAGGUAUCGGGGCUGCAUAUCUCUCGGAAUAUCGCAUACCCGCUGGAGAUUUUUUUAAUGGGUUUCUUUUUUUAUAAAAAAUAAUAAUAAUGUUUCUCAUUGUUUUGUUUCGUAUUUUUCGUUCUCUCUCUCUCUCUCUCUCUCUCUC